UGUCAGCUGUCAUUUCUGACAAAAAGAUUUUAACCGAAUCAAAAAUAAAAAUAUAAAAAAUCGCAUCUUUUCUUUGUAGUUUGUUCUUUACUGCAGGAGGAGAAUAAAUACUUAAUUUUCAAAAAAAUUCAUACUCUAAAAAUAAUUUGAAACUAAUAGUUGAAUUAUGGCAUCAACAAGUUCAGAUCCGCAGUCAACUAUAGCUCAGAAAACAUGGGUAAUGGCAAACAACAUAGAAUCCGUAUCGAGCGUCGACGAUAUUUAUCGCUACGAUAAGAAACAACAACAAGACAUCUUGGCAGCGAAGCCAUGGGAAAAAGAUCCACAUUUCUUCAAAGACAUCAAAAUUUCAGCCCUUGCUUUGCUAAAAAUGGUGAUGCAUGCAAGGUCUGGAGGCACCUUAGAAGUUAUGGGACUGUUGCUAGGUAAGGUGGAUGCAAACACAAUGCUAGUGAUGGACUCAUUUGCACUGCCAGUGGAGGGAACGGAAACCAGAGUGAAUGCUCAGGCGCAGGCCUACGAGUACAUGACUGCUUACAUUGAGGCUGCUAAACAGGUUGGCAGACAUGAGAACGCCAUAGGCUGGUAUCAUAGUCAUCCUGGCUACGGCUGCUGGCUGUCAGGUAUUGAUGUCUCCACUCAGAUGCUCAACCAGAACUUCCAGGAGCCUUUUGUAGCUAUCGUCAUUGAUCCGGUCAGAACGAUCUCAGCUGGAAAAGUGUGCCUGGGAGCUUUCAGGACUUACCCCAAGGGCUACAAACCAGCUAAUGAAGAACCCUCCGAAUACCAAACCAUACCUCUAAACAAAAUAGAAGACUUCGGAGUACACUGCAAGCAAUACUACUCUCUAGAAGUGUCUUACUUCAAAUCCUCCCUCGACAGAAGGCUUCUAGACUCCCUGUGGAACAAGUACUGGGUCAACACACUGUCUAGUUCCAGUCUGAUCACAAACGCGGAAUACACCACCGGCCAGAUAUUCGAUCUGUCAGACAAGUUGGAACAGAGUGAGGUGUGCUUAGGGCGCGGCGGUUUCAUAGUGGCGGGGACGGACCACCACGAGAAGCGCACGGAGGACAAGCUCGGCAAAGCGACCAAGGACGCCUGCAAGACCACCAUCGAGGUGAUCCACGGCCUCAUGGCGCAGAUGAUCAAGGACCGGCUCUUCAACAGCGUCAGCGGCCGCCCCGCGCCCCCCGCACCCAUGAUCGAGUGAACUAGAUCUAGCAACAAUUUUUUUCGAAAACGAAAAUCUAGCCAGCACCGUCUUCGUGAAAUAAUCGCUAAUACUAAAUAUAAUGUGUAUAGGCUUUAAAUCAAUUAAACGUAAAAAACUUUUUUAAA